AAACCAUACCGAACAUUUUUGUUUCCCGCCGUACAUUUUGAGGGACGUACAUGCAUUGUUGUCUGGGUGACGUCAGAGGUUGUGGCGUCGUUAGCAAGAAGGCUAACAAGUCACAGACAUUGUCAACUCUUAAUGAAUACAUAAGUUGUACUAGGACUUCAAACACAAAUAGUAUAGUGAGAGCAUCUCUAAUUGGGGAGAAAAAAGUCUCUACAGUGGUGAUUUGAAAAUGCAUCAUUGCCCUGUUUGUCCAAAAUCUUUCCCAUCGACAUAUAAACUUAAGAGACAUUAUGUCAUCCACACUGGCCAGAAGCCCUUCAUCUGCGAAAUCUGUGGAAAAGCCUUCACACAGUCUGAGCAUUUAAAAACGCACUUGCAGAAAGUCCAACAUUCAAGGCUUCCAACAGACCGUCUACAGGAUGGCAUCUUAACUCAUAACCAACAACUACGUUGUGAUCAACCUCAUGCAUUUGUUCGUCCUUCCUCUGAGACUGGAAAUCCACCAAAAAAUAUGCCACAUACAAGUGAUGGCUCAAUGACUCAAAAUAGUACCUCAGAUGUUACGGAUGCAGUACUCCAGGAGGAAGUUGAUUCUGAAAAUGUAGAUGCAUAUGUAUAUUAUCCCCACAAUAGAUACACCUGUAAAGUCUGCUUGAAGUCAUUUACGUCAUCUCUUCAGCUUUGGAUUCACUCAGCAACUCAUAACAAACCAAAACAAUUUAAGAGGGGAAGCGAGUCAGGCCAGACUUCUUCUAAAAAGGCUCAUACGAAGGUGCAUCUGCAGUCACAAGAAUUGAGCUCCAGCAGAAGCAAAAUAACAUUGAAACACCGUUGUCCUAAAUGUCUCAAAACCUUCUGUUCACCAUCCAAAUUACAACGGCAUUUUCUUAUUCAUACUGGGCAGAAACCCUACUCAUGUAAGAUCUGCAGGAAAGCCUUCAGACAGAAGGUACACUUGAAAUCCCAUUUAAGUACUGCAAAUAAAUGUUCACCCCAGACUCAGUCAUCACUCCACCAACAACCCAUCAUCCAUCGCACUCCUGUGAAUUCCUCAAUGGAACUAGAGCUCCAGUGUAAAAUAAGUGUAACUUCUGUGCAGGACCUAAACAAGACUGAAAUCAAGUCGGAUGCAGUCGUAAAACCAGAGCAACCAUUAAAUACAAGCAGUCACUUUCAUAGUAUUUGUCAAAAGUCAGAUGAAUUAGACAAGCAGUACUUAACAUACAAAGACUUGAAACCAUUCCAGUGUAUGAUCUGCAGCAGAUCGUUUCAUUUGGAAGUUAAUUUAAUACAUCAUCAUAAAAUUCACAAGAUCCAAAAUGAAUUGGAUUGUCCUACCACUGUGCAAAACAAUGGUAAUGUGAGAAUGAGUGAUUCAGAAGCAAUAAAUAAUUUACUUGGACCCAGUCAUGCGGAUCCCAUUGAUUUGAACAUCAUUGUUAAACCAGAAACAUGGAGUGAAAAUUGCAGUGAUCACAAUGACUCCAUUCCUCAAGAUUCUGAGUUUACAUCAGCAGAACAGCAGAGGGAAACCUGCCAUGUCACCAGCGAGCAGCAGAGAAUUAACACUUUACAUCAGUGCCAUACAUGUUUAAAAUGUUUUCCAUCUGUAUCAAAACUUCAAAGGCACAUGAUGACUCAUACUGGACAAAGGCCCUUUGGCUGUGAAAUGUGUGGAAAGAGAUUUCGUCAGAAGACACACUUGAGAGUCCAUUGUCGCACUCACCUGUGGUCCAGGUAUCACAAACAACGCUCACUGUAUAUCAAUCGGCCGCCGUCUUGCAUAGGUGGGUUUAACACAAGGACUGCGGCAGACGUCUCAGUCCAGGAAAUGAUAAUACCUAAAAAGGAUUUUGCGACACACACUGGCAGCGAUGUAAUCUCUGUGAAACAUACCCAGGUAAUUAUUCAGAAUGGCAACAGAAAAUCACAAAGCAAAUUGUUGCCACAUACCUCAAAGACAAUUGAGGUUGUGCAUUUGAGAAAGGUUUCUAAAGUGACUGUGGAAAGGACAAAGACUGCCAAAUCAAUGCUAAAUUCAGGCAACGUUCAACACAAGUGCUUCCGGUGUUUAAAGUGUUUUCCGAGUGCCUCUAAAUUACAAAGGCAUGAGAUGGUACACACAGGCCUGAAACCAUUUCAGUGUGUUAUUUGUGGGAGAGCAUUCAGGCAAGCUCCACAUCUGAAAACCCAUGAAAGAACUCACUGUGAGAGGAAACCACCCAAGCCAGUCAAGCUACAAGGGGACAUCAAAACACUGAAAGUGAAUAAUCAACAACAGCUUUAUCCAAGGAUUAGUGUCCGUAUCCCACCACAGAAAAAAUCUGUAAAGACAGACACUUCAUUUGGCAAUGGAGUGAGUGUGCUGCUCUGCACAGGGCGUGAAAUAUCCUUACAAAACGUGAAAAGUCUCUUCAAGACAAACCCUACAAGUUAUGUAACUUGUAAAAAAAGUAAAGUUCACACAUGCCAAAUAUGCUUUAAGAGCUUUUUUUCCCAAUACAAGCUCUCAAGGCACUUGGUCACUCACUCUGGAGUUAGGCCAUACAAAUGCACUUUGUGCAGCAAAACCUUCACACAGCGUGGUCAUCUAAAGGUUCAUGAGCACAGAUGCAGACAGGGUGCCAGGAUCUCACAUAAUCAAGAAGAAAUGAUAAAUGCCAACCAUCUCCAGGAUAAAUGCAGUGAAAACCUUACUGGUUGUACCGAUUUUGAUGUGGCUGCAACAAGAGAGCAGUCUGAGUCACAUUAUACCAGUGCUGGUCAUAGUCAAAACUCAUUUAUUAAUAUAGAUGUAUCUUAUUGCUCUGAACCAAUAGACACUGAAUGGCUGGCAGUAUCAGAGGAAGGCUUACAAGAGGAGGCAAAAUGGCAAAAUUGUAAUCAGGCUACAGGCAAUUAUGAUCAGGCUUCAGACGAUUAUAGUCAUUCAUUUCCCUCUGAACUUCCAUCCAUCCAUCCAUCCAUCGUCAACCGCUUAUCCUGCAUACAGGGUCGCGGGGGGCCGGAGCCAAUCCCAGCUGACAUCGGGCGAAAGGCAGGGUACACCCUGGACAGGUCACCAGUCCAUCGCAGGCCCUCUGAACUUGCCUUUGAAAUAAAUAAGCUUGUCCGAAAUCAAAACAUGAUAGCUCCACCUUUGUCACAUCAGUAUGAGGACAAUGCACAAAAUGUAGAAGUACCAUGUCAACUUAAAGGAGUUGCAGCUAUUUCAGGUAGCAACAAGCUGCUCAGUGAUGAACUUGUGAGUUCCGUGUUUGAGAAUCAAAUGCAGCCAGAUAAUUACUGGUGUGAACCACUAACUUUGUUUGAAUGUGACAAGUGCACUGCAUGUUUUAAGAGCAAAAACAAUCUUAAGCAAAAUAUUUGUUCAACUCAUGGUCAACCUAAAAUGACAGAGUCAGCCUGGAAGCAUCGUUGUGACAUUUGCUUCAAAUAUUUUGUGUCUCCCUCUAAACUUAAAAGGCACUAUCUCACCCAUACAGGUCAGAGGCCCUUUAGGUGUGAAAUUUGUGGUAAAACAUUCACACAGUCAGCACAUGUCAGAACACACCGACUGACUCAUUAAUAUUCAGGAGUGACUCAUUGAUAAUCAGGAGUUCAGGAGGAUGAUAAUGUUUUUUUUUUUUUGUGUAAAUGAUUUGUCAUUGUAAUAAUGUGUGUGUAUACUGGAUUAUGUAUGUAAAGAAUGUAAUAGCUGUAUGAUAAUUUAGAUUUAUGUUUUAUAUUUAUAUUUUCAGUAUUUCCAAUGUGUUUCGUAUGGUAUUGUGCCUCUUGUUAAAUUUGUUCUGGUUACACAUUUAAUUGAUGUGAAAAAUUCUCAAAAAUAAAUAUGUUACAAUGAUCGUC